AUGGCUAUUGGGGUUUGGUUUUCAUGGGUCGUGUUGCUUAUUGUGUCAGUUCUUGCAAUAUUGAGAAUAAUGGUCCUUAUGAGAUUACUCGAUAGGAUGCCCAACUUUGAAGACCUUUUCGGCACCAUAACCCCUGGGCCAUCAAUUCCAACUCCACCUCCAACUCCAACGCCACCGGUUCAUCAUAAAGAUGACACCUUAGGGAAACCAGACCAUGAUAAAAGCCUUAAUGACGAAAUACAUGCCAAAAAUAUCGACAAAAUCCAAACAGCCUUUUCAGAUAUAUCCACUGAAGAAUAUGUCAAGGCCACCAUCUUUGUACAAUUACCAUCUAUUGUUGAGUACGUAUCCCACCUUCCUAGCGAAACAGCCGAUAAAUUUGCUGAUUUUUGUCAUCAUGCUGUCUUAAACUUGGAGCUAAUUGGCACUGAGGUUGACCCAAUUACGGGUUGUGAGAACAUUACACCCAAAGCGCCCGCCUAUCAUUCAACGGCUAAGGACGAAGUGUAUACUCCGGUUGCUAAGGAUGAUAAAACUAAGGACAGAUAUAAGCCUCCUGAGGUUGAGUUUGCGAAAUAUGUGGCUUAUAUAGAAAUUAAGCCAGGGUUCGGAAAGGUGGGUGCUGUACAAGUCGAGAAUGAACACCGUACUGAGAUGCACGUCAUUGACAUUGUUCUUGAACGUUUCCCUGAAAUGUCACAACAAACUAUUAGUUGUAAUUCAUGGGUGCACCCCAAAUCUGUUAACUCAGAAAGUAGGGUCUUCUUUACUAAUAAGUCGUAUUUGCCAUCACAAACACCAAGUGGUUUGAAAAGGCUGAGGGAGUAUGAACUUGAAAUCUUGCGAGGGGAUACAAAACCUAAAGAAAAACGCCUUCCUCAUGAGAGAAUCUAUGACUAUGACAUUUACAAUGACCUUGGUGAUCCGGGCAAUUUUCGACCAAGUUUGGGUGGUAGUGAAGAAUUUCCUUACCCAAGGCGGUGUAGAACUGGAAGUCUUAUUGCAAGAGGAGGUAGCAUUGUUAGCUUAUUUAAAGAAAAUGUGUAUGUACCUAGAGACGAAACAUUUUCGGAACUGAAGCUGAAAGAAUUCGGAUUUCGUACCCUGUACACUUUGCUGCAUCAUUUAAUACCACCAUUGGAGACAAAGUUCAUCAAUGAUGAUAAGGAAUAUCCAUUCAUCACAGCCAUAAACAGGCUCUUCAACGAAGAAAUUAAGUGUCCUGAUAUGCAACAACGUGGGGGUGUACAAGAUGUGGUGCAUAGAUUUAUCAGAGAUGCCUCUGAUUCUGCUGAAAAAGUUUUCCGUUUUGAGCUCCCCCAGAUAUUUGAACGGGAUGCUUUUUCAUGGUUUAAGGAUGAGGAGUUUGCUCGUCAAACUCUUGCUGGGAUGAAUCCUUUAAGCAUCAAGCGUGUCACGAUAUCGAUGCUGAACAGUAUCCUAGAACAAAAAAUUUGCGGCAAAUUUGAGUCAGUUUUGACAGAACAACUGCUGGACAAUGAGUUAAAACGACGAUAUCAUAUGACUUUAAGAAAGGCAGUGGAAGAGAAUAAAUUGUUCAUAAUUGACUACCACGAUGCAUUUAUGCCUUACGUAAACAGAGUAUCGGAGCUUGAGGGGAGGAAUUUAUAUGCAUCGCGAACUUUGUUCAUCUAUGAUGAUGAUGAAGCAUUAAAACCUCUUGCUAUUGAGUUAACCCGGCCUCCGACUAAAGAAAAUCCAGUUCCGUAUCAGGAAGUAUUUAUGCCAAGAAACAAUGCCACUCAAGGAUGGCUUUGGAAGCUUGCCAAGGCUCAUGUCCUUGCUCAUGACACUGGCUACCACCAACUUAUAAGCCACUGGCUUAGAGCACAUUGCUGCACAGAACCUUACAUAAUUGCAGCAAAUAGGCAUUUGAGCGCUAUGCACCCAAUAUAUAGGUUGUUGCAUCCUCAUUUCCGUUACACUAUGGAGAUCAACGCCCUUGCUAGGCUAGCUUUGGUUAAUGCAGAUGGUAUAAUUGAGAGAACUUUUUCACCUGGGAAGUACUGCUUAGAGAUGAGCUCUGCCAUCUAUAAAUCAGAGUGGCAGUUUGAUCGCGAAGCCUUACCAGCUGACCUGCUACACAGGGGAAUGGCAGUUGAAGAUCCAUCAGCUGAACAUGGAGUGAGGCUCAUAAUUGAUGACUAUCCAUACGCGAAAGAUGGCUUAGACCUAUGGGGAUGCAUUAAGAAGUGGGUAACAAAAUAUGUAAGCCACUACUAUAAAGAUCCGAGUCUAGUAAAAUCAGAUGAAGAGCUUCAAGCUUGGUGGAUGGAGGUAAUUACCGAAGGGCAUAGAGACAAGAAAGAAGGGUGGCUGCCCCUAAAUACUCCAGAAGAUCUAAUCCAAAUUGUGUCAACCAUAAUAUGGGUGAGUUCAGGGCACCAUGCUGCUGUCAACUUCGGCCAAUACGCCUAUGCAGGUUACUUCCCUAACAGGCCUACCAUCACUAGGACUAAGAUGCCUACAGAAAAUCGCACUGAUGAAGGGUGGGCAUUGUUCAUUAGAAGUCCCGAGAAGACACUACUCGAAUGCUUCCCAACAAUGACACAGGCAGCUACAGUUAUGGCAGUACUGGAUGUACUUUCAAGUCAUUCAUCCGAAGAGGAAUAUAUAGGCCAAAAGAAGGAGCCAUCUUGGGAGGCAGAAGAAGAGAUAAAUAAAGCUUUUGAAGAUUUUCAAGAUGGGCUAAGUGAAUUAGACAAAUCAAUUGACAACAGGAAUGCUGAUGAAAAUCUAAAGCAUAGGCAUGGAGCUGGUGUUGUACCUUAUGAGUUGUUAAGGCCUAUAUCAGAAAAGCCUGGGGUCACCGGUAUGGGAGUUCCAAACAGCAUCUCCAUCUGAAAAAACAAAACAAAUAAUUUGACUACAAGCUAAGUUCAAUUGGGUUCAAUUUGUAUUUUUUUUUUUAAUUGCGUUAAUUAGGAUCUAUCCACACGGUUUUACCAUUGCUAACAAAGCGUGGAGUUUACUUGUAGGGCUUUGUUGUUGUUUUCGUUGUUGAAACUCUUGUAAGUCAUAAGAGUGGGGAUUUAUGCUUUCAAUGUUUACUCACACUCACACCCUGACACCCAUGGCUUGUAAGCUUCCAAAAAGAAAUGAAUG